AUGAUUUGGAAGUGCUCAAUCAAAUUCUCCUUCAAGAAAUUUACAGUGGUCAAGCCUCCAUCUAAUGGGAAAUCAGAUUUUCCUUGUUGGAACCGUACUACAGAUGACGAUGCAUGGCAAACAUCAUUGCUUCCAACAAACCAAAAUAUCUUUCAACAUAUUUGGUCAUGGCAAGACCCGAAUAGGUAUAAGUCUUUCUUAUGGAAUAUAGCUCACGAUAAAAUUCUAACUAACGAUGCAAGGUAUCAUAGAGGUAUGACUAAAGACAAUCUUUGUCCUAUAUGUGGUGAUUACCUUGAAACAGUUAUGCAUGUAGUGUUUAAUAGGAAGUCUUUGAUUGGUAAUCAACUUCUUCGAAUGGUAACCAACCUGGUUAAUUUCAUUAUCUCAUCUUCCAAUUCUAAUGAGGAGGCUCAAUCUCAUCAAUCGCGACACAUUGAUGUUUCUUGGAAACCUCCACCACAAGAUCACUAUAAGGUUAAUAUUGACGAGUCUCAUAAAAAGUCUACAAGAAUUUCUACUUGUGGAGGUUUGAUUAGAGAUUCACAUGGUAAAUUCAUUUGUGGCUUCUAUAAUAGACUUGUAUCAUGCUAUUUUGUGUGGGUGAAACUAUGGAGCCUUUGUAUUGGAAUAGAUAUGACAAGUCAGUUUAAUAUCAAAAACAUUAUUUUUUAG